AUGAGCUCAGAGGGCGAGACCGCACCCAAGGUUGCCAUUGGUAUCUCCUUUGGCAACUCGUACAGCUCCAUCGCCUACACUUCCGGCGACUCCAAGGCUGAAGUCAUUGCCAACGAGCUUGGUGACCGUCAAAUCCCUACCGUCCUCUCCUACGUCGACGGUGAGGAGUUCCAGGGCACCGAGGCCAAGUCGCAGCUCGUCCGCAACCCCAAGAACACCGUCGCAUACUUCAGAGACUUCCUCGGCAAGGACUUCAAGUCAAUAGACCCCACCAACUGCCACGCCUCCGCCCACCCCGUGGACGCCGAGAACACCAUCUCUUUCCAGAUCAAGGACACCGAGGCCGAUGAGCAAAACACCCGCACAAUCCACGAGAUCACCACCCGUCACCUCCGUCGUCUCGCUUCUUCCGCUACCGACUACCUUGGCAAGAAGGUCAAUGCUGCCAUCAUCACCAUUCCCUCAGACUUCACCGACGCUCAGAAGGAUGCCCUGAACAAGGCCGCCACUGAGGCCGGUCUUGAGGUCCUCCAAUUCAUCACUGAGCCCGUCGCUGCUCUCCUCGCCCACGAUGCCAAGAACAACGAGGACUCUACCAAGGACAAGAACGUCGUUGUUGCCGAUAUUGGUGGUACCCGUACCGACAUCGCCAUCGUUGCCUCGCGCGGUGGUAUGUACACCGUCCUGGCCACCGCCCACGACUACGAGCUCGGCGGCGCCCAGCUCGACUCUGCCCUGAUCGACUACGCCGCAAAGGAGUUCCAGAAGAAGAACAAGACCGACCCCCGCACCAACGACCGUUCGCUCGCCAAGCUGAAGCUCGAGGCUGAGGCUGUCAAGAAGAGUUUGUCCCUUGGUGCCUCUGCUGCCUUCAGCAUUGAGUCCCUCUCCGACGGUAUUGACUUCAGCUUGACCGUCAACCGUACCAGAUACGAGAACCUCGCCGGCAAGGUCUUUGGCUCCUUCACCCGUCUGAUCGAGUCUGCCGUUCAGAAGGCCGGUCUCGACAACCUCGACAUUGACGAGAUCCUCCUUUCCGGUGGUACUUCUCACACUCCCAAGAUCGCCAACAACCUCCAGUCCGUCUUCGCCGAGUCCACCGUUAUUGCUCCCUCCACCAACCCCGCCGCUGUCAACCCCAGCGAGCUUACCGUCCGUGGUGCUGCCAUCCAGGCCAGCUUGAUCAGCGAGUUUGAGAAGGAGGAUGUUGAGCAGAGCACCCACCCCGCCGUCACUGUCGCCCCUCACCUCGCCAAGGCCAUUGGUGUUCUUGUUGGCGACAACGAGUUCGUUACCCUGAUCGAUGCCAACACCGCUGUUCCAGUCCGCCGCACCGCCCAGCUCAACGCUGCCGAGGGCGACGUUCUCGUCAAGCUCUGCGAGGGUGUCAGCGAGAUCAAGGUCACCCAGGAGGAGGUCGCCCCUAAGGAGGCCAACGGUGACGACUCAGACGAUGACAGCGACGACGAGCCCGAGGAGACCCGCGAGAAGGUCUGGAAGGCCGGUGAGGUCAUUGCCGAGGCUGCCGUCAAGGACGUCAAGAAGGGCAGCAAGGUCGAGGUCCAGAUCAACGUCAGCGCCGACCUUUCAGUACAGGUCAUCGUCCGCGAAGUCGGCUCCAAGACUGGUGUCCGCGGUACCAUCGAGGCCAGCGCAUGA